AUGGAUUUCGCGAAGCCCAUUUCAAGCAGGAAUUUAACUCCUCGCAUCCAAUUUUACAAUGAACCCCCUGUGCAUACAAUAGAACUAGAACACCUUGAGCAAUUGGCCAUUGAACGCUUAAAAAUUCUGAAAUGCAUUGAAUCCGUUGGCCAAGAUUUUAUUCGUGGCAGUAAGGAAUAUGAUGGAAAAUUGUCAGCGGAGCUUUGCAAAAUUGGUCCAAUCGCAAAGUCGUUCACUUUAACUUCAAAUCAGCCUAAAAAUCUUGCCGAAGAUAUUCACAAUGAUGUAACUUCGCAUUUUAUACUUCAGAUCGCAUACUGUCGCAGUGAGACAAUGCGUCGCUGGUUUAUUCAGCAAGAAUUGGACCUUUUCCGUUAUCGUUUCAACUUAGAGCGCGCCGCAUCUGGUCACUCCAUGGAUACAAUCAACGAAUUUCUAAGAAUGAAUAAUCUUCACUUCGCACGUAUUGAUUCGGAUGAAUCUUUACUACUUAGAGAACAGCUGAUUUCUGGGACAAAUAUUUACGGCGUUAGUGGAGAUUACGCUAACUUUUAUAAAGUUCACUUCACCGAAGUUUUAGACCUUGUUCGCCGUAGGCAAGUUUUCCUUAAAGCUGGUUUUGCCUACGUCCCGGAUGCCGAGUUAGUUAGCCUCGUUGUUACAAGGUUUCGCGCGUCUCUUUCUCGUAACCUCUCACGCCUUGGAUUGGCUCUAGUCCCGCGUUUAGCUGAUGAGGGUGCUCGUUUACUACCUCUUCUCUCUGGUCUUUCUAAGCGUUACCUUGGAAAUGACGAUUACAGUACAAAAAAGCCUGUUUUCGGUGCUGUUUCCUCUGUACAAGUAGGUGAUUUGGCUCGAACUCCGGGUCUAUUUCCACCUUGUAUGUCGCAUUUGCAUGAAGCUCUUGCGGCUAAUCACCAUCUUCGUCAUUGGGGGCGCAUGCAGUAUGGACUUUUCCUAAAGGUUAGUGUUCAAAUUCGAUCUGCUUUUAUGGCAUUCUCUAGGGAAUCGGGUUGUCUCUGGAUGAAGCACUCAAAUUCUGGCGCAACUCUUUCGCUCCCAAGGUUGAUACAGACCAAUUUUCGAAGCAGUAUGCUUAUAGUAUUCGUCACAAUUAUGGUAAAGAAGGUCAUUUCAUUUAGCCAACCGGCUACUGGAGAAUUCCACGGUUGUCCUUUCCGACAUUUGGAUCCUGAAUUACUUCACCAGCGUCUUUCGAUCGGUGGUAAAAUUCCUUCAGAUCAAGUUGAAGUGAUUGUCAAACGGUCUAAGGAUAAACAAUACCAACUAGCUUGUAGAGAGUUCUUCAAGGCUAUGCAUCCGGACUUAUCAGUUGAGGAUGCCUCUACAGUUGCAAUAAAUCACCCAAACCAGUACUAUGAACUGGCCCAGAAAGCCAUCAAGGGUAUUCCUUUGACAUCCAACGCUGAGACUGUUAGCUCUCAACGUUCUAGAGUGAAAGUGCGAGCUGUUAAGGUACCGCUUAAUGACUCACAAAUGACCAGCCAGAGUACAGGUUUUGAGGACACUAGUAUCGAUGAUGAAAUUUCGAAAAUUGAUUCCACUCUUUUGGAAUACGCUGGCUCAAAUCUCGACUUUUAA